AUGGCUCAAGAUUCGGUCAGUACAAAUAAACAUUUUCCACGUGGAGGAUCUACAUUACUCCAACGGAGCUGCCACGAUUGCAACCGCAGAAAGGUACGGUGUAGCAAGUCCUGGCCUUGCGAUAAUUGUGUGCGUUUAGGCGUCGAGUGCUCGUAUCCACCGCCUGGCCGUAAGCCUCGGAAAAUAACCAAAAGACCGUCGAACGAGGAUGAAUUGGUUUCCAGAUUGAGCCAUCUUGAAGCUCAAAUCAAAAAUCUCGGUAGCAAAAAUGCUGCUGAAGAGGCCUCUCCGGGUUUCCCACUAGGGCGGGACAAUGAUGACAGCCUGCAGGGCAGCCGCAUACGGCUAGCCAAGCAUAGCCCGGGCGAUGGGGUAAUUGAGCAGCAGAGAGAGGCUGAGAGCGAUGGAAUUGCGAUGAGCAAAGGGUCUGUCUCACCCAAGGCGACUUCCAGUACACUGGAGGAUCAAUUUGGACGCCUUGUUGUGGAUCGAAAUAGUGGAACGAGCCGCUAUGUGAAUCAUCAAGUUUUGACGGAACUUGCAGAUCAGAAAAAAGUACUGAGGCUGUGGUUGAAGAUUAAAGAAGUUCGAGAUCUUUUUGCUUCGCCGGAAUCACAGACAUUAUCCGAGGAAGAUUCCUCGACACCAAUGCCCACAGCAGCACAGUCUGAGAUAUCGAGUCCCUUCAUAUUUGGUUACCAUUCUGUGGCUCAUUCACUCAACAAUUUUCAUCCAUCGCCAAUUAUCAGCCAUCUUCUUUUCAACACCUUCGAAGAGAAUGUGGCACCCAUAAUUCUGAUCAUACAUAAGCCUAUGUUGAAAGAGAUGCUCCAAACAGCGACUACAAAUCCGAAGAAUUUUGAUAAGGGGUCUGAGGCAUUGGUAUUUGCAAUCUAUCUAGCUGCGAUCUACAGCAUGUCACCAGAAUUAUGUCUUGCACAGCUAGGGACAGACCACACUACCUUGACCAAACGAUACCGGUUCGCAGUCGAGCAGGCGUUGGUGCGGGCAGGAUUCCUUCAUACCCGCAAGUUAAUUGUGUUACAAGCAGCAGUUCUUUUUUUGAGCUGUGCCUGUGGUCCUCAGGAUUCCCACUUUGUCUGGACCAUGAUCGCUGUGGUAACUCGUCUUGCCCUGGGCCUGGGGCUGCAUCGGGAUAGUAGUCAUUUCGGGCUAGGUCCAUUCGAAACAGAGAUGCGGCGACGAUUGUGGUGGUAUAUAUACCUAUUGGAUGUCCGAUCAUCCGACUCUCAGGCCACGAGCCCUCAGAUCCGGGAAGGAGAUUACGAUACUCUUUUGCCAUUGAAUAUCAAUGAUGAUGAUUUGUCGCCUGACAUGGUUGAGGCUCCACCGGAACGAACUGGAUUUACAGAUAUGUCAUUGACCUUGGUCAGAUGUGAAAUCCUCAUAUUGCAUCGUAAAUUGAUGCAACUCAACAGCCUCGGGGCUGAUAAUGAUGGACAUAACGUGUUAUUUCAGAACCGCCUCCAGGCAAUAGAAAAGACCCGGGCCACCCUUGACGAGCGAUACCUCAAAUUCUGUGACCUUGAAAUCGCGAUUCACUGGGUAACCGCGACCAUUGCCCGAGUUGCUCUGGCACGCUCCUGGCUUGUGUCGCACUUCUCGCUGAUGAGCGCCGAAGGAUUCCAACCAGAUCUGUUCCCCGAAAGAUGUGAUCUCCUUAUCCUCACCGCGAUCGAGGUACUUGAAUUUGGUUGGCUACUUGAAGCCCACGAAAAUACCACGAAAUGGUCCUGGCUGUUCCAGGGAUAUGUACAGUGGCAGGCAUUUGCAUUUCUUCUGUCAGAGCUAUGCGUGCGCCCGAUCGCCCCUUUAUCAGAUCGUGCAUGGGUGGCCGUCGAUCGGAUUUAUGAACGAUGGGCUGGACCAAUGGGCAAUCGACUUGGGUUGAUGAUGCGACCGUUGGAACGUCUCCGGAAUCGGGCUGCUAGAAUUCGAUCCCAGCAGCCUAUGCCAAUUCCAAACAACUUGAAUUUAGCUGAUAUGGGUGAUAGGGCCCCGGAUAUGACCAAUUCUGUGGAAGAAUUCCAGGGAGAUUUAGGAUCCCUUGAUAUCUUUAUGGACGUAGUCAAUACUAUGGGGCUAUAG